AUGACCCAGGACAGGCCAGAGGAGGGGGCUACUAUGCUGCAGGCAUUCACUCUCUUGCUCUUUUGCAUUCGGCUGAGUCUGGGUAUGACAUCAAUAGUGCUGCAGUCUCAACUGGAGCUGUGGAUAGAGACAAACUACCCCCAUACCCCUUGGGAGAACAUCACACUUUGGUGCAGAAGCCCUUCUCAGAUUUCAAGCAAGUUUCUGCUGCUGAAGGAUAAGACACAGAUGGCCUGUAUCUGCCCUUCCUACAAAACCUUCCAAGUUUCGUUCCCAAUAGGUACUCUUACUAAGUCCAAUACAGGUUGUUACAGGUGCUGCUACUGGAAGGAGAUAGGCUGGUCAAAGCCCAGUAAAGUUUUAGAGUUGGAGGCACCAGGCCAGCUGCCCAAGCCCAUCUUCUGGAUCCAGUCUGAGGACUCUCCUCUUCCUAGAUGUAAUGUUAACAUAUUCUGCCAUGGCUGGCUGCAGGAUUUGAUAUUCAUGCUGUUCAAAGAGGGAUAUGCAGAGCCUGUGGAUUACCAGGUCCCAACUGGGACAGUGGCCAUCUUCUCCAUUGCCGACAGUGAAGGGGUUUAUAUCUGCCGCACUCAUAUCCAGAUGUUCCCCUCGCUCUGGUCAGAGCCCAGCAACCCCCUGAAGCUGAUUGUGGCAGGUGGACUCUAUCUCAAACCAGCUCUGACAGCUUAUCCUGGGCCAAUCAUGACACCUGAAGAAAGCCUGAAUCUCAGGUGUCAAGGGCCAAUCUAUUGAAUGACUUUUACUUUAAUAAGUCUUGAAGAGUUGAAGAAGCCCUUUUACCACAAGACCACUAAAAAUGAGGCAUUUUUCUUCUUUUGGGCUUUGAAAAUCCAUGGUGCUGGACAUUACCUCUGUUUGGACUAUGAUGUGUCAUACAGAGGCUCACUCUUUAGUGAUAUCCUGAAAAUCUGGGUAACCAACACUUUUCCCAAGACUUGGCUACUUCCUCAGCUCAGUCCUGUAGUCCAAAUGGGUCAGAACGUGAGCCUGUGGUAUCGAGGGUCAGUGGAUGAAGUGGGGUUUGUACUCUAUAAGAAAGGAGAAGACAAAUCGCUUCAGCUCUUGGAUACUACCAACAUCAAUGAAGAUGAGUCAUUCUUCCUCAACAAUGUGACCUACAGUGAUGCUGACAUUUAUAGUUGCCACUAUCUACUCUCCUGGAAGACCUCCAUUAGGAUGACAUCACACGACACCAUGGAGCUUGUGGUUGUAGAUAAGCUCCCCAAACCCUUCCUGUCAGCCUGGACCAUGUCCAAGCUGGGAAAGACCAUCACCCUUCAGUGCUGAGUACCUCAUCCAGUACUUAAAUUUUCUCUGGAAUUGGAAGAAAGAGUAACAUUCCAAAAUUUCUCAGUAGAUGCAGACUUCAUUAUCAAUAAUGUUGAAGGGAAAAGCACAGGAACUUACAGUUGCUGCAACAUCUGGUCACAUCGCAGUGAGCCUCUGAAGCUGAUGGGGCCAGCAGGGUUGCUCACCUGGAAUUACGUUCUGAAUGAAGCUAUCAGGUUGUCUCUAAUUGUGCAGCUUGUUGCCUUGCUGUCAGUAGUGCUGUGGAUAAGACGGAAGUGUUGGAGACUCAGAAUCAGAGAAGCCUGGUUGCUGAGAACAGCUCAAGGGAUCAUCAUGCUCUUCAUAAUUAUGGCCCUUCUAUGCUGUGGACUGUGCAAUGGGGUAUUGACAAAAGAGACUGAAAUAAUCAUGCCAACCCCUAAGCCUGAGCUGUGGGCAGAGACCAACUUCCCUCUGGCCCCAUGGAAGAACUUAACUCUCUGGUGCAGAAGCCCUUCUGGCUCAACUAAGGAGUUUGUGUUGCUGAAGGAUGGGACUGGGUGGAUUGCAACUAACCCGGCCUCAGAGCAGGUCCGGGCUGCCUUCCCCCUUGGCACCCUCACCCAGAGCCACACUGGGAGUUACCACUGCCAUUCAUGGGAAGAGAUGGCUGUAUCAGAGCCCAGUGAGGCACUUGAGCUGGUGGGGACAGACAUCCUCCCCAAACCUGUUAUUUCUGCCUUCCCCCCAAUCCGAGGCCAAGAACUACAAAUUCGGUGCAAAGGAUGGCUGGCAGGCAUGGGGUUUGCUCUGUAUAAGGAGGGACUACAGGAACCUGUCCAGCAACUUGGUGCAAUUGGGAGAGAAGCCUUCUUUACAAUCCAAAGAAUGGAGGAUAAAGACGAAGGCAAUUAUAGCUGCCGCACUCACACUGAAAAACACCCCUUCAAGUGGUCUGAGCCCAGUGAGCCCCUGGAGGUUGUCAUAAAAGAAAUGUACCCGAAGCCCUAUUUCAGGAUAUGGGCCAGCCCGAUGGUCACUCCUGGUGCCCGAGUGACUUUCAACUGCUCCACUUUCCACCAGCACAUGAACUUUAUUCUUUACAAAGAUGGAAGUGAAAUUGCAUCCAGUGACAUGUCUUGGGCAAGCCCAGGGGCCAGUGCAGCUCACUUUCUGAUCAUUUCAGUAGGCUUUGGUGAUGGAGGAAAUUACAGCUGCCGCUAUUAUGACUUUGCUAUCUGGUCUGAGCCCAGCGACUCUGUGGAGCUUGUGGUGACAGAAUUCUACCCCAAACCUACUCUCCUGGCACAACCCGGUCCUGUGGUGCUUCCUGGGAAGAAUGUAACCCUGCAAUGCCAAGGGACUUUCUAUGGAAUGAGGUUUGCACUCUUGUAUGAGGGAACCCCUGUUCCUUUACAGUUCCAGAGUGCCUCAGGAAACUCAGCUGACUUCCUCCUCCACAUUGCUGGAGCAGAAGACUCUGGAAACUACAGCUGUGUCUACUAUGAAACAGCCAUGUCAAAUAGGGGAUCACAUCUCAGCAAGCCCAUUAUGAUCUGGGUGACUGACACAUUCCCCAAGCCUUGGUUGUUUGCUGAGCCCAGUUCUGUGGUUUCCAUGGGGCAGAAUGUUACUCUCUGGUGCCAAGGGCCAGUCCAUGGAGUAGGAUAUAUUCUUCACAAAGAAAGAGAAGCCACUUCAAUGCAGCUCUGGGGAGCCACCAGUAACAAUGGGGCAUUCUUCAUCACCAAUAUAUCUGGUGCUAGCAUAGGGCGUUACUCCUGCUGCUACCACCCUGACUGGACUAGCCAUAUCAAGACACAGCUUAGCAACACCUUGGAACUCAUAGUCACAGGUUUACUCCCCAAACCCAGCCUUUUAGCCCAGCCUGGUCCCAUGGUGGCCCCUGGAGAAAACAUGACUCUUCAAUGUCGAGGGGAACUGCCAGACUCCACAUUUGUCCUGUUGAAGGAGGGUUUUCAAGAGCCCUUAGAGCUACAGAGGCCAAGUGGCUACAGGGCUGACUUUUGGAUGCCAGCUGUGAGAGGUGAAGAUUCUGGGAUCUAUAGCUGUGUUUAUUAUUUGGACUCUGCUCCCUUUGCAGCUUCCAAUCACAGUGAUUCACUGGAGAUCUGGGUGACUGGUAAGCCCCCUAAGCCCUCCCUGUCAGCCUGGCCCAGCACUGUGUUCAAGCUAGGUAAGGACAUCACCCUUCAGUGCCGAGGACCCCUGCCAAAUGUUGAAUUUGUCCUGGAACAUGAUAGAGAAGAAGCACCUCAGCAGUUCUCAGAGGAUGGAGACUUUGUUAUCAACAAUGUAGAAGAAAAAGGUAUUGGAAACUAUAGCUGCAGCUACCACCUCCAGGCCUACCCUGAUAUCUGGUCAGAGUCUAGUGAUCCUCUGGAGUUGGUGGGUGCAGCAGGACCUGCUGCUCAGGAAUGCACUAUGGGGAACAUUGUCCAAAGUAGCCUGAUUGUAGUGGUGGUUGUAACUUUGGGGGUGGUGUUAGCCAUAGAGUGGAAGAAGUGGCCUCGUCUCCAAACCAGAGACUCAGAGACAAAUGGAAGAGACCAGACCAUAGCCCUUGAAGAGUGUAACCAAGAAAAAGAACCAGGCACCAAUAGCAACUCUCCCUCAUCAAUUUCCCAGGUGACCUCAGUGGAACUUCCAGUCCCAGUAUAA